AUGUCAGACAAUUCCCAAAAUGCAGCUUUCUUAAGAAGAGCGGAUGCCCUGCAGCUCUCCCUUCCUGUGGAAAGCAGCGCCACGCCCUUAGGAAGUGUGGUCAGCUUCUCCACAGUCUGCAGCCCAGCUAGUCAGAUAUCCACUUCGGCGGUCUCCUAUACAGGUGUCCUUCAGUGGAAUCUCACAGGAAGAACCGACCACAGGUCAUCUAUACUUGGUGACAUCACUGUGACAAUCACUGAUCAGGACACCACAGUCUCUUCCAUGUCUGUGACAGCCCAGUGUGAUCAAGUUUCAGACAGGAAUGUGAUAGUCCCUCUGUAUCCAGCACUGCCAGCCAGCCGAGCUCAAGGCUCAGCAUCUCAGAGGACAGGUCAAGGACACAGCAGGUCGCUUUCCAGCCAGGAAGGCAGCCAGCCCUACUGCUACCAUCCCAGUACCCCGGAACCACUUCUAGCUGGAGAACUCAGGUCCUGCCUGCAGUCCUACGGCUCCAGGUCCUACACAGGGAGCAUGGCCUCUGCCCCGCAACCAGAGCUCGUCAUGGUGCUAAAGGCAAAUCAGCCCACGGAUAUCCAACCACCUGGCUGCACUUCUGCAAUCUAUCACCCCAUGCCAGCUCAAUUCCUUGCAGAAACCACUUAUAAUGGUAUGAAUCCAAGGCAAGAUGAUGCAGCAACUCCUAACAUUCAGCAGUCUCCGUCCUGCUUUGAUGCUGAGAGCUGGAGGCAGAAGCCUACUUCUCACAAUGCCAGUUUUGGGAACAACAUCCAGGGUAUAGCAGACCAAGGAACAUUUGAAAAUGGAAUUGAGUCUAGCAUUGACUUUGAAGACAUCACUACAAUUGUGGCAGAUAUUCACCUUCCCCAGCUGUUAAACUCCCUGACGGAUUUGAAUCAAUUCCAAUAUCCCAUAAAAAGCAAAGCCAAAGACGCAACCAACAUCCAAAUGAAUCAGGCACAGGAAGAGUCAACUGUCUUAAAGACUCCCGUUGAUUAUGGCAGGAAGAACAAGAAUACAGACUCUCAGAUGCUUGAUGGAGCUCCUCAGGCCAAAGUUAAAUGCCAGGACUCACCCUGCCUGGUAGAAGGCUCUGUCGCUCCCUCCCUUGGACAAGCUGAAGACAGUGCCUGGGCCAGGGAGAGGCCUCCCGAGAACACAGCCAAGCACUCUGAUGACACAGCUCAGAAAGCUACAUCCAAUGGCCACAGCAAAGCUAAGCGGCACAGGCAAGAAAAGAACAAAAUGUCUAGAGAAAACAACACAAAGACAACCAAAGAGUGUAAACAGGCAAAGACCAAUGUGAAGGCGGAAGAGAAGCCAGCCAUUUCCAAGAGCAAGAGGAAGAGGAAUCCACCUGAGCUCAGUAAGGAUUGCUUUAAAAAGCCACGUACCCACCUGGGCAUGCACAUGCUGGAGUCAGUGCAGGUCUUUCAUGCACUGGGGAAUAAAACUAAUAGGAAAACAGGACUCUCUUCCUCCCGUGCUGUGGGAAACCCCGGCAGGGCCAAGGAGCUGAGGCCAUGUCCAGCCGUCUCAUCACAGCUGGGCAUCCCACAUGAGAGGAAAGGUCCUGAGAAAACCCAGGGUCCAGCCCAGAACCCAGAGAGCACUGCUGGAAAGGAGUGUCCAUCUCCAUCCCAGGACCAGCUGCCCCCUCCAGGGAAGGUCAAGUUAGUGCCUCUGCCUUUCUUUCCUUUGGACAAGCCUCAAGUGCGAAAAGUUCCUAGAAGACCACUCUCCCUGGCUUCACGAAAGCCUGUUGCAGCUUACUCUGCUGGGCCUCACUCCAACUCAGCUCAGCCUCCCACAGUCAAUCCAUCUCAACCAGCUGCUGACAGCACAUCUGUAAUGGGUCUGGCCAAGCCAGCUGUGAAAAUUCCCACUAAUAACACCACACCUGGUGUGAGGAGCCCCACCCAGUCCAGCACUAUUCCUCAGUCUGCUGCUUCAAAGCCUACACUCCACAAAACAUCAUCUUACCCAUCCCUCCAGAAGGAGCCUGUUUCUGCUCCUCUGCCCAAAGCCCCAUUACCUCUAAAGCCUCAAUCUCAGUAUCUCCUGGAAGACUUCAGCCGCCAACCAAUUCCAUGGAGAAAAGUCGACAUUCCUGGGCCAGCCAUAUCAUACCCCAUCACAGCAGCACAGAGGUCAGAGCGGGAAGCCAUGAAGAGGCAGGCUCAAUGA